AUGGCUCCCGGAGUUAUUCAAAACUCUGAUACGGUUUUAAACAGUACAUUGGCUACUAUAGCACAUGAUGAGAAAAUUAUUUCCGGAGUGACGAAUGAGAGUAAAACUUGUCCAAUCGACCAUAUUGUUUUGCCCGAAAUUAAUGAUCAGAAUGGAAAUGCCAAAGACUUGAAGAUUCAGAUACAAAAGCUUGAUAGGAAGAAACCACGUAAAGUUACAAGACCUAAAGUGUUAAAGAACCAUGAAUCAAGGGAGUAUUUGUAUGACAGAUUGUACGACACAACGUGUCCGAGUGUGCCAACACUAUGCAACGAAAAGGCCUGUCUGGGCAGUUUGAUGGCUAUUCCUGGUCGCGGCGAUAUACCAAGAAAUUCCGAAGAAGUGUUGAAUGAUGCUAAAGAUUUUCUCGGUCAAUACUUCGCUUCUAUAAGAAGAGCGAAUACAGUAGCACACGAGGCUCGUUGGAAAACGGUUCAGGAAGAAGUUGCCAAGACCGGGACGUACCAGCUGACUACCACGGAAUUAGUAUUUGGAGCAAAACUAGCCUGGAGAAACGCUAGUCGUUGCAUUGGUAGAAUACAGUGGUCCAAAUUACAAGUUUUUGACUGUCGUCAAGUAACAACUACAAGUGGUAUGUUCGAAGCGCUCUGCAACCAUAUCAAGUACAGUACCAACAAGGGAAAUAUUCGGUCAGCGAUAACGGUGUUCCCACAGCGCACAGACGGUAAACACGAUUACAGAAUAUGGAACAGUCAGCUCAUAAGCUAUGCUGGGUACAAGAUGCCCGAUGGUACUGUACUGGGUGACCCCAUGCACUGCGAGUUCACUGAACUUUGCCUCAAAUUGGGAUGGAAGCCUCAACGCACCGCGUGGGACAUAUUGCCAUUGGUGCUGUCGGCGAAUGGAAAGGAUCCAGACUACUUUGAAAUACCACGGGAUCUUGUGAUGGAAAUCCACAUGACCCAUCCAACUUACGAAUGGUUCGAGGAGCUUCAACUACGUUGGUAUGCACUUCCAGCAGUCUCCAGCAUGCGUUUUGACUGCGGAGGUAUUGAAUUUACUGCCAACGCCUUCAAUGGUUGGUACAUGAGCACCGAAAUUGGAUGUAGAAACUUCUGCGACAACAACCGCCUAAAUAUGCUGGAGAAAGUAGCAGAGAAAAUGGGUUUGGAUACAAGAACACCAGUUAAUCUAUGGAAGGACAAGGCUCUUGUAGAAGUAAAUGUGGCUGUAUUACAUAGCUUUCAACAACAUAAUGCGACAAUCGUAGAUCAUCAUACUGCUUCAGAGAGCUUUAUAAAACAUUUGGAUAAUGAAAACAGACUAAGGUCUGGAUGUCCAGCGGAUUGGAUAUGGAUCGUACCACCCAUGUCUUCAUCCAUCACUCCAGUAUUUCACCAAGAGAUGGCGCUUUAUUAUCUUCGACCUGCAUACGAGUAUCAGGAACCGGCAUGGAAGACCCAUCAAUGGCAGAAAUCAAAGCCGAUCACAGGGAAGAGGCCUAUAAAUAGAAAGUUCCACUUCAAACAGAUUGCACGCGCUGUGAAAUUUACCUCCAAACUCUUUGGUAGAGCGCUCUCUAAGAGGAUUAAAGCCACCGUACUAUAUGCAACCGAGACUGGGAAGUCUGAACAGUAUGCUAAAGAAUUAGGGGUCACAUUCGGUCACGCGUUCAAUGCUCAGGUUCACUGUAUGAUGGAUUACGACAUAACAUCUAUUGAACAUGAGGCGCUUUUAUUGGUCGUUACGUCGACUUUCGGUAACGGAGAUCCACCAGAAAACGGAGUGGCUUUUGGGGAACAUCUUUGUGAACUUUUGUAUGCUGACCAAGUAGGAGAGGAAACAUCUGGGAGUUCACAGUUGCUGACACCUAAAUCAAUUAUAAAAGCAAACAGUCAAAUUGAAUUCCAAAGAUACGCUGGGAACCCCAAGCAACUCAGUCGUCUUGAAUCAUUAAAAGGUAGUACAACUGAUGCCGCCUCCAUAGAUAGUUUUGGGCCUUUGAGCAACGUAAGAUUCGCUGUUUUCGCUCUCGGUUCAAGUGCAUAUCCAAAUUUUUGUAACUUCGGGAAAUACGUAGACAAAUUGUUGGGUGACCUCGGUGGAGAACGAAUCCAUGACCUUGCGACAGGCGACGAAAUGUGCGGCCAAGACCAAGCAUUCCGGAAAUGGGCCUCCAGUGUUUUUAACGUUGCAUGUGAAACGUUCUGUUUGGAUGACGAUGAAACCUUACAAGAGGCGAAAAGAGCUCUUGGAACAGUAGCGCUUAGUGAAGAAACCGUGCGAUUUGCUCUUCCUGUCGUAAAACCACCUCCUCUGCUGAAUGCUUUACAAUCAGCUUUAAACAGGCAACUGGUGACUUGCGUUGUUAAAGCAAACAAAGAUUUAGGAGAUACGUCAGCUGAACGAUCUACCAUUUUCAUUGAUAUGGAGCCUAAGGGUGAUAUUAAUUAUGAUCCAGGCGACCACGUGGGAAUAAUGGCAUGUAAUCGUAAAGAAUUGGUUGACAGUCUGUUGGCUCGGCUGAAGGACAUUGAUAAUUACGAUGCGCCAUUGCAAUUGCAACUGAUGAAAGAGACUCAUACAUCAAGUGGUCCUGUAAAAUCAUGGGAACCUCAUGAAAAGCUCCCCGUAGUUAGUGUUCGUGAGCUUUUUACACGCUUUUUGGACAUCACAAGCCCCCCAACAACAAUUCUUUUGCAAUAUUUGGCAACAACUUGUGAUAAUGAAGAAGAAAGGAAACAACUUAAUACUCUCUCAACGGACCCAGCAGCCUACGAAGAUUGGCGACACUACCAUUUCCCAACCUUGCCAGAAGUUCUAAGUCAAUUUAGCUCUGCAAAACCAAGUGCGUCAUUGCUUGCUGCACUCUUAUCCCCUUUGCAACCGAGAUUUUAUUCAAUUUCAUCAUCUCCAAUCGCCCACCCGAAACGAUUACAUCUCACGGUUGCAGUCGUUACUUACAGAACUCAAGAUGGCGAAGGUCCUGUCCACUAUGGUGUUUGCUCAAAUUAUCUCAUGGAUCGUAAAUCUGGGGAUGAGGUUUACCUAUUCAUUAGAAGUGCUCCAAAUUUUCAUCUUCCGCAUGACCUUACUGUGCCUCUUAUACUGAUAGGCCCAGGAACAGGUAUUGCACCUUUUAGAGGAUUUUGGCAUCAUCGUAGAGCUCUUCUUAAUGCUAGCUCACGGCUCAAUGCCGGACCUGUAUGGCUUUUCUUUGGAUGUCGUACCAAAACUAUGGAUUUAUAUAGAGAAGAAAAGGAGAAUGCUUUGAAGGAGGGAGUUCUAUCGAAAGUUUUUCUUGCUUUGUCCAGAGAAAAAAAUGUUCCUAAGAUGUACGUCCAAGAAUUGGCAGAAAAGGAAGGAGCUGAAAUUCACGAUUUACUAAUUAAUAGGGGUGCACACUUUUAUGUUUGUGGCGAUUGUAAGAUGGCUGAAGACGUGCACCAAAAACUAAAAGGAAUUGUCAAGAAGCACGGUAACAUGACUGACGAACAGGUUCAGAAUUUCAUGUUCCUGCUUAAGGAAGAAAAUCGUUAUCACGAGGAUAUAUUCGGCAUUACACUCCGCACGGCUGAAGUGCACAGCGCCUCUCGUGAAUCAGCUCGUAGGAACCGAGUGGCAGCCCAACCAUGA